GGCGCUCCCCGUUCCACGCGCUCUCUGCCAUGCUUACGUCAUGUUAUUGUUGAAGCGGUAGAAACCGUGUCGGCCUGAGGUGGGAAUUUUGGCACGCGGACGCUCGCCGUGACGUGGACGAACAAGUUUGUGAGAUAUCUGGCUUUAUACUCCUGUGACAGAUCGCGGCUCAUACGUGACGAUAUAUACCUGGUGAUAUACUACUGUUUUAUGUGCUUGGCGGUGUGGUGCUGCUGUCGUCUGUAAAUGAGACAGUUGCUUGAUUAGACUUGCCGUCAUCCAAGUACUUUUGCCAGACCCCAGUGUAGCUAUACCUUUUGAUGUCAGAACAGAUAAUUAAAAAGAAAUAACACUUCCUGCACUGAGCUAUCGGUUUCUUAUUUUUGCUGCGGUUGGAUAUGGGACUCCUCUUCGCCAAAUUAAUGGCCAUUUUCGGUGACCGAGAGCACAAGGUAAUCAUUGUUGGACUGGACAAUGCAGGAAAAACCACAAUCCUCUAUCAAUUUCUAACCAAAGAGGCCGUACAUACUUCCCCCACCAUUGGCAGUAAUGUGGAGGAGAUCGCUGUCCGGAAGACCCGCUUCCUAGUGUGGGACAUCGGUGGCCAGGAGAGCCUGAGGACCAGCUGGAGUUCCUACUACUGCAAUACAGAGAUUGUGAUCCUAGUUGUGGAUAGCACUGACCGAGAGCGCAUCACGUUAAAUAAAGAGGAACUGCAUCGUAUGCUAGCUCAUGAGGACCUCCAGAACGCUGCUGUGCUGAUCCUGGCUAACAAGCAGGACAUGAAGAACUCGAUGACUGCGGCUGAGAUUUCCCAGUGCCUGACCCUCAGCUCCAUCACAGGUCACUCCUGGCACAUCCAGGCAUGCUGUGCCCUCACCGGUGAAGGUCUACCUGCCAGCCUGGACUGGAUGCGUUCCCGUGUCUUGGCCAGCUAAGAUCCUUCCGCCAGCUGCCAUGGUAACGCACAACCCUUACCGGGACUACUUUUUAUAGACCUCUUCAGUACUCGGGCAAGGCCUUCAACACUGUGGAGGAGAUCUGCCAGGGAACAGUGGGACAAAGGACCUCUUAAGACAGGCUACACCAAACCUUUAUGUUUGACUAUCUUGUGCCUGCCUCUGGACAAAUGUGCAAGGACAAUCUGACAAGAAGACUUCAGGAUUCCCUGCUAUGGAACUGUGUAUGUGUGUGUAUGCAUAUGUACGUUUUCAGAACAUAUGACUACAAAGACUUUACUGAGCGUUGUUUUCCUGGAGCCACACAUGGCCAGACUGCAAUUAAGAGGCCAUGACCUCAGCCAAGAAGCGCCCAUUUUCACACGGUAGGGCAGUUUCAGUGAGGGGAUGAUCCUGCGACCAGAAGGAUUUUGGCCGCAGGAGAAACCAGGCCAUUCCGCUCACCAGAAGCCUAGUGUUAAACACUUACUUGAAAUGUCUAUGAAAGACAUAUUGAAGGUCAUUUGAUAUUGCGAGUGUUACGGCAUGCUGCAAGAAUGUUCAAAUCAGUAUUUUUAAAACGCUAAUGUAUUUUUUUAAGAAAAAUAAUAAUAAAUGUCUACGUUAAAGUGG